AAAAAAAGAAAGAAAGAAGAAUUAUAAGAGUAAAUACUAAUAACAAUAAGAGAAGAGAUAAAAAAGAGAAUUAAAUAAUAAAACCAAUCUUGAUUCUGACCGUUUCUAGCGUUGGCUUCCCCGAUCAUCAUUCCUCCCACCGUUGUGUCGAUCUUCGCAAAGUUGAUUUUAAAAAUGGGCAAUGUAACCGGUGGAAUUCGCCGAGAUCCGCCGCCGUACCCAAACCCUAAUAAUCAACCACCGUUGCAGUAUUACCAGUACCACCAAGGCCAUUAUCCAUACCACAAUAAUCAAGGAGGUGCUACUGCUAGGGUUCCUCCACAGGUUGCUUACGUGGAGCACCAGGAAGCGGUGACUAUAAAGAACGACGUCAAUCUAAACAAGGAGACUCUCAGAUUCGAGCCUGACGAAUCUAACCCUGCCAAGUUCCUCCUCUCCUUCACCUUCGAUGCCAACGUCCCCGGAAGCAUCACUGUGAUGUUCUUUGCCAAAGAAGACAAAGACUGUAACUUGAUUGCUACUAAGCCGAAUCUCUUUGCAUCCACAACUGUUAGUUUCCCCAAGGGUCUAGGCCAGAAGUUCAAGCAACCUUCUGGAACUGGGAUUGAUUUCUCUGCUUUAUCAGAGGCUGAGUUGGUUGAGGCUAACGAGUCUGAUGUGUAUCAUGUGGCGGUGAAAGCAGAGGCGUCAUCAUCAGAAGAAGAAGAUGAGCUUGAGUCUAGAACGCCCAACCGUCAGAUAACUCACGCGGUUUUGGAGAAAGAUAAAGGCGAGUACAAGGCUAAAGUGGUGAAGCAGAUCUUGUGGGUUAGUGGGAGUAAGUAUGUUCUUCAGGAGAUUUAUGGGAUUGGUAAUACAGCUGAUGGUGGUAGUGGUAGUGGAGAAGGUGAAACCGAGUGUGGUAAAGAAUGUGUGAUUUGCUUGACUGAGCCACGUGACACCACUGUUCUCCCUUGCAGGCACAUGUGUAUGUGUAGCGGUUGUGCAAAGCUUUUGAGGUUUCAGACAAACCUCUGUCCCAUCUGUAGACAACCUGUGGAUAAGCUUUUGGAGAUUACUGUCAACACCAAUGGCUCCAUCCGCUGAGCUCUGCCUCGUUGCUCUUCCCUUGUUUGUACAGAGUCUGUUCUAGCUUUUUUUGGUUGGAUAUGUUGAAACUCAAGUUACUUACUACUACAUCAUGCCAACGAUACUUUAAUAUUCCAGUUUUCAAGUGUUUAGUAUAUAUGUAUAUCAUUAGGCUACCUUUGGUACUA